AUGAUGAAGCUUCCUUAAAGCUAUAGAGAUCCAAAGAUCUUCAAUAAUAAAUAUAUUAUUAAACAAUAGAUUUCCUCUGGAUCAUUUGGUAUAGUGUAUUUAGCAUUCGAUAAACAUACAAGAGAAGAAGUUGCUGUAAAAGUAGAAAAAGAAGAAAAUGAAGAUGCAAGUUCUUUAGACAGAGAAAUUGCUAUUCUUAAUCGUCUUAUUGGUGUGCCUGGAGUUCCUAAAUUAUAUUGGAGUGGUUUUGAAUAAGAUUAUAAUGUUAUUGUCAUUCAACUAUUAGGAAAGGAUCUUAGUCAUUAUAUUAAACAAUAUAAAAAAUUAAGUCUCAAAACUGUAUUGCAAAUUACUCACUAAUUAUUGAUUACUUUAUAAUAAGUUCAUGAAAAAGGGGUUAUUCAUAGAGAUUUCAAACCUGAAAAUAUUCUUACAGGAUAUCAAUUAGAUAAUGGAAUAAUUUAUUUGGUUGAUUAUGGAGUAUCUAAAGUCUAUAUAGAUAGUUAAGGAAAACAUAUGUAUAAUUUGAAAAUCUAUUUAUAUAUUUUAGUCCACCUAAAGAUAAAAAGUCUUUUAUAGGUACAACCAGAUAUGCUUCAAUUGCUGCCCAUCGAGGUCAUGAGUUAGGUAGAAAGGAUGAUGUUGAGUCCAUGUUUUAUGUGAUGAUUUAUCUCUUAAAAGGGUAGAGUGAACUUUUCAUAUUAUAGCAAAUUGCCUUGGUAAAAUUUACAAAAUAUUGGACAUAGAGACAGAACUUCAAUAGUUGGAGAAGUGAAAAUGAAAACUGAUAUUGCAGAUCUUUGUAAAGAAAUUCCUUCUGAAUUUGCUGAAAUUCUGAAGUAACAGCCUACUAAAACAUAGUUAUCUAAAAAAAUUAGAAUUUAAAUCAGAGCCCGACUAUAAGU